GCGCCCCUUGCGCCUGCGCUGCGGCGAGGCCCUAAACCUACCUCACUGCGUUUGUUUGUAACGUAGGUCGUAAGGUCAUAGAAACAAACUAGGCUUGUUUCUAGGCGUAGGUUUUUCAAUUUCCUGCUGAGUGGAUCUGAGUCUGCCAACUUCCUUUCGAAGGAUAUCUGGUCAAACUUGAAUUAUUUACACCGGUUCGGAAAAUAGGAGCUUCCCCCUAAACUUUGAGCGAUAACAACAGAGAUAAUCUGAUUUCAUCAUGUCAUAUGCCAAGAUGCAUCGCCCUCCAAGUCCCAUGUCUCGUAAUGAGAGCGAAUUAGCUGAUAGAAGUGGUAGACAACUCCAGACUAUGGGGUCCGAAGAUAACCCUGUCAAGAAACUUCAGUUAUUGUGUCUAUCCACUGGAGCAACUGGCAUUUUGGUCUUAGGCAGGAUGCUCAGAAAGAGAGAUGAGGAUGGAAACAAAAACUUGAAUUUGGAUAAAUUCAUUGAAAGCAUCAGAGAUACUGGAAUGGAUAUAAGUGUUUCUGAUGCCACAAAAGUCUUUGAGUAUUUUGACCCAAACGGCGAGGGUACUAUCAAUAUUGACGAAUUGCUUGACCAUGUAAGACCAGUUAUGUCUGACUCUCGAAUUAAAGUCGUAGAAAAUUGCUUCAAGAAGUUGGAUAAGAAUAAUGAUGGACAUGUGACUGUAAAAAACCUGAGGAGUGUUUUCAGCAUCAAAAAUAGUUCGAGGUAUAUUUCUGGAGAGGACGAUGAAGAGGCUAUGUUCCAGAAAUUUUUGGCUCACUUUGAUGAAGAUCAAACAGAAGAUGGAAUUGUAACGAGAGAAGAAUUUCUCAAUUAUUAUGCAGGAGUCAGUGCAUCAAUUGAUAAUGAUUGUUACUUUGACUUGAUGAUGCGUAAUGCUUACAAAUUGUAAAUGCAAAAGUAUUCUUUUACUAACUAGUUCACCAUUCAUAUACAAAAUUUGUAAUUCAAAUUUUUGGAUGUCUUCUCUUAAUAUGAGUAGGUAGUGAAUAACAGAUGAAGUCAGCACAUGGUGAAAAAUAAAAAAAGAAUUAAUGCAGCAAGCUUUAACUGGACUUAUCAUUCCAAAAUUCAAUGUGAGGCAGUACUAGAUUAACUCUAAAAUACUUAAGACUGUAAAUCAAAUGUAUUUCUGUUUAAUAAACUAUAUCCAUAUCUAAAA